UGGCGCCUGACCCGGCUUCAUACGAACAUAGCUAUGGCAGAGAGGAGACGUGCUGCAGGUAGCUCUCCGGUACCCCGGCCUCCUCCGCGGCAGACCAGCGAGGCAGAUUUUCUGCUUCAGGCUGGAGUGCGGACAAUGAUGAGAGAAGCUAUCCUCAAAUUAUUAGAAGCCCGGCCGGAGGAUCCAGUAGCCUUCCUGGCCGAUUACUUUGGGAAGAUCGGGCAGGGCCCUGCAGGUGCAGCUGCGGCUGCUGAUCGGGGUCUGCAGCUACUAGGACAACAACGCUUAGGCCGCGCCCUGUGGUACCUCAAGCUGGCUCAUCACUCCCAGAGGACUGCUUUUAAUAACAAUCUAAGCAUGGCUUAUGACUGCCUCAGUGCCGGAGGAAAGAAAAAAAAGCCAGGUUUGAAUGGCAAGACUCACACCGACUUACUGACAAAGAUUUGCCAGGAAGGUGAUCUACCUAAAGAGAUUGUAUCUGCUCUCCUAAAUAAGAUACAGUGCCGAGACCACGAAGCUGUGCCGUUUGAUGUCUUCCGUUAUGGAGUAGUGAUCUGCUUUGUGUUGCUGGAGUUCAGAUCUAAGGCAGACACUUUGUUCAACAUUCUAGAUGAGGAUAGUCAAUCAGACCAAAGAGUUUGUCAGACCGUACUGAACACUUUGGAAGAAGCUUUGGUUGCCAGUGACUUAUCAAUCCCUGCUAGCUAUUUAGAAGCUGGGUCAAAACUAGGACCCGAUUGUUUGGCCAUUGCCAUGGACCGUGCCCUUCUAGGUAAAAAAACAGGUGUCCAUAUGAGCCGCAGUGAUUUUUUAAAAGAAGCCUGUUCCCUUUUUCUUGAUAAAGUCAAACAAGUUAGUUGAACAAGUUCUGGUCUUCUUUAUGCUUUAUUCUCAGCAAAAUGCUGCUUUCAUCAGUUCCACCUUGCACCUCCACAGGAAAU